ACCGUACCAAGCAGGGUAAGCAGGGCCUUCGGGCAACGCUAUUAACCUUCUGGAUCCCACCACAAAUUAUAUCACAAUUCCGCAUGGUUAAGUCCGCAUUCUAUUACUAUAACACUAUCAAUGCUUGAGCGACCCGAAAUGGCAAAGUGGAACCGUCUACUCGAAAACGUCCCCGAGGACUUCCCGAAGGAUCAGCCUGUGUUUAUGCUGAAUCUACUCCAGUUCUACGACCAAGCGCAGUAUGCCGAAGGAAGCAAGCAUGGUCCUUGUAGCGGCCAGGAGGCGUGGGUUGAGGGAUACUUGACGGAAGUCCGGAAACUUCCAGGCGCCGGCGAUGAUUUUGAGUUGCUGUAUAGUGGCUUUCCCGCCUCAAAGAUUGUGGGCGAAGAUAACGAGAGAUGGGACGCGGUCGCGUUAGUCAAAUUCAGGGAUAUCGCGGCGUUCCGCAAGACGCUUGGCAGUGAUGAGUACGCAGCAACUGCAGCGGAGCAUCGUGACGCGGCGCUUAAGGACUGGAAGUUAAUUGCCUCCACCCAAGUAUUCGACCAAAUUUGAAGACAUAUGCGGAAGACUUGGCUAGUCGCAGAGAAAUCCAAAGGACUCCGGAUUGCUGUUUCCUCCAAGCAGAUGUCAACUCUAUGUCAUUCAUUCUUCUUCCUGUACUUCCCUUCUAUAGAGAUGUAUAUCCCUCCUGGGCUCAGUGGUAGGAAGGCGGAGCAAGGCUUUACUGGAUAAUAUUCAUAAGCAGUCCUACAUGCAGCUCCAAG